GGCUCUGCGUUUUUUGGGUUUUGGGGCUGGGCGGCCAAUAAUUUCGCCUUCGAAACGGAAACCUCCAAAGUUACUAGUUUUAUUGUUUUUGUUUUGUUUGUUGUUUUAUUCUUGAGAGCCGAGAAACAUUUACAGCUGGGACAAGAGUCUUUUGUGUGCGUGGUGGCCUGCAUCGUCUCCCUUCAGUGGAAGGGGAAGGUCUAGUGGGUGGACAUUUUGCCCGCUUGACUUUAGAAAUGGGAUAUCUACCGGUACCCGCCGUAACAAGUACUAAACGGUGCGGCUCUACUUCCUGGUUUGGGACCGAAUCGUUAAAGCGAACGUUGCCGUCGUUCUGCAACCGCUUUGCAAAACGGUUGGGUUUUGUCCUGGUGCUGUGUUGUGUGGUGUUCCUGCUAUGUACUGGAGCAAGACAAGGGGAGACGGAAAUUUCGUCAAAGCCUUUACCACCGCUGAUCCGACGUCGAAUCUUCUAUCAACCUGGCGCUGGAGGAAGUUGGAGAAUCCCGGAAUCCUGGCUUCAUAAUGUGACCGAUUUACCUGAACACAUAAACCCAACUCCAGCCACCAUUUUGGAAGCCGCACAGCUCGCUGCAUACCUUGCAAAAGCUGAUUCGCGGCGCAUGAUACCCCAUACGGAAAUCCCUCUUAUUAUACAUCAAACAUGGAAAACCACUCGCGCACAGCAAUGGCCCGAUGCGAUGCUUGACUGCGUAGAAAGUUGGCUGUGGGCAGCAGAACCUCCUUCGUCUGACAUGUCAGAUGUUCAGUUACGCAAAACGAUCCCCGAUCAUACAGUAUGGAAUUGGACUCAGGGAGAGGAUGCUGCCUUUUUCAUGUGGGAUGACGACGGCAUGGACAAUGCAAUCAAAACUCUAUGGCCGCAAUGGCACGAGGGAUACCGAAGAUUGCCCGCCAACGUAAUGCGGGCAGAUACCUUUCGCAUAUUCGUUUUGAAGUGGUUUGGAGGAGUGUAUGCUGAUGCCGAUACAAAGCCUCUACGUCGGCCAUCCCAAUGGGUCAACUCAACCGACGUGACCUCCUGGAGAGAUCCCAUCAAUGGAGAGCUACAUCCUGUUGAACCCAAUACUCCUAUUCGCCUCCUUGUCGGUAUUGAGGCGGACACACCAGUGGAUUCAGACAGCUACUGGAGAAUGGGGUAUGACCAUCCAGUGGAACUCACCCAAUGGGCUCUGGCUGGAGCAGCUGGGCAUCCUGCUUUCAGCAACAUGCUCGAAAGCGUGGCGAAAGCAGCAGACCAAAUGGCAAGCGAAGGGACACUACAAGGGGCGGAUGCGUUGCAGCUCACAGGACCUUAUAGAUGGACAAACGUCCUAAUUGAUUACGUGGAGGAGGAGGGCCAGUAUAAUUGGAAUUCUUUGAGUGGACUUCAAGAUGGUGGGCGGUCGAAGACGGUUCGGGAUGUGCUGGUUCUGCCCAUUACCGGCUUCAGCCCUGGACGACCCGAAGGCUAUGGGAACAUGGGAAGCAAACCCAUCACACACCAUGAUGCCCGGUUAGUCCACCUCGCAAAAGGAAGCUGGAAACACUUUUCUCUUCGAGUAGAAGCCGGAAAGGCAUGUCGCACCCUUCUCGGACUAUGCCGAAAUUGGAGCAAAGUACCAUGAUCCAAUCCCUUUUCGCUUGGUCUGGUUCUUAGAGUGUUCGACCAGACCCAGGCACCUGGCGUUGAACAGUAGAAAGAGCGCUGCAGUAGAGGAUACACUUGUACAUUAACUGAACCUAGCAUUUAUGUCACGCAAUGGGUUAAAAAUUGAAGUAUUUGUUUUUGUUUAUUUUUUUAUUGAAAACUGAGUAUUUCACAUUUCAUCGCUCAAGGUUGAUGGAGUUUCCAA